CUUGGCCAUUGUUUAUAGUUCAUUCCACUUGAGCAAUAGGAAGGAAGCCUGUUCUGUCUUGUACAUGGUAAUCUUUCAGGUUUUCUGAUGGCAAUUCACUCUCCUUCUCCAAACCCUUUUGUUCCAUCAUUUCUACAUGAGGUCACAAGGUUAAACAUUGCCAGCAUGUUCAUUUGGCCUGAAAUAUAACGACCUCUAGACUUCCUACCAGCUGGUCUCACUCCUGCAUGUGCAGAGUUGAAACCAGUAUUCCAGACGUGGUCUGACCAGCACACAUAACCUGUGGGAGAGUAUUGUCUCCCUUGAUCUGCACGUGCUGCAGAAAUACUUCACCUAUUCAGACCUUGCCUGCUCUGCAGUCAUGGCUAUCUGUAGUGUACCCAAGAAUGAGGAUAAAAGCAGAAAAAGCUUUCAAGAAAUCAAGAUAUAUAUAGCAAAACCCCUAAGGCCCUCUGGGCCCUUGCAUAACUUAUACACAGUUUGUACUUGCUCAGUUAUCUGGUUUUCCUAGCAGUGCAUUGGAAGUGGGACAAAACAAACUGAUAACCUAAGAAGUGACAGCUGACGGAAGACAGAAAAAAUAAAAUGCAGGAACUAAGAAAGCAUAGCUGUCUGGGCCUGUUUAGUGUAAACUUGAACAGAGUUCUGCAUAGUAAUGCCUGAAGUUUUACAACAUUAAAACAUACUCGAGACAAGCCAGACACCCUCAUCCCUUACUUGCACAGUUGAUUGUUUGAACUUAAAUGUGCAAGUUGACAUUUGUUUUUGUUAAAAUUUUUCUUUCGGUUUCAGCUGGUUAAAUCAGCUUCUUCAAAUAUUUCUAAUCCUUAGUAUUGUCAUCCAAAAUAAUCUUCUGAGCUUUUUAUUAUAUUCAGAUUUAAUAAACGUGCCCCGUUUCUGUUCAAGUUACUCUUAAAAAUGACAAUGAGAGUAAAUCUAGUAGCAUGGCACAAAAUGCCAGUCCAUUAUUAUUUUUUAAACCUUGCUGUUGUUUCUGUGUGAGUUUUUAUUACUUCUGUGUUCCUGACCAAGAUCAGUUUUACCUUUUGACUUAGACACAUUUUAAUCCUGUUUUUAAAAUAUGACUGUUGAAAACCAAAAUCAAACCUGUUGCCAUUGAGUUGAUUCCAACUCAUAGCGAUACUAUAGGACAGAGUAGAACUUUCCCAUAGGGUUUCCAGGGAGUGGCUGAUGGAUUUGAACUGCUAACCUUUUUGGUUAGCAGCCAAGCUCUUAACCACUGUGCCACCAGGGCUCCGACUGUUGAAAAGUACAUUUUAAAGGAUGUAAGGAUUGUGGCAUUACUGGACUAACCCUGGGUGUUAUAUCAUGUAAAACCAAAAGAAGGAACACAGUUCUCUGUGCAGUCUAAAAUAACUACAGAAGCUUAACCUCUGGUGCAUUUAGGAAAUGUGUUUGGUUCCAGCUUCCUAAACCCUUCCAGAUUGAAUAAGAUUGUGUGUGAGGGGGUAUGUGUGUUUUUAAAUUAACCUGCAAGAUAGUAUCAUACUCCUGUGGGCUUUUUAGAUACAAAUAUUUACUUAGCUUACAGCUACCCCUAUUUUUUGUCCCUCAAAUAAAAUGUUGGUUUUAAAUUGCUAGUUUUUAGAAGUAGAUUUUUGUAGCUUUUCUUUGGAAAAUAUGCUUAUAAAGAAGAAAAACACGUCUUCAGCUGUCUUCAUUGGAGGGAAGAAAUUGAGCCACAUUCAGGAGACUGGAGAUAAUGUCAUAGCAGGUCGCUGGAACAAAUUCGAACACAAGGUUUUAUCUUUGAUUUUUAUCAUCUGUUGGAACUGUUAGUGAUUUCAGAUGAGUAUAGGACAAGUCUGCCAACUCACAGGUAUUGAUACAGACUACUGAGAAUUCUGGAUCAUUUUAAAAUGAAAUGGAAACUACUGUCAGCAGUUUCUACCUUUUAUGAUAAUGCUUUUAUAUUUACAAUACUUUUAGAACAGUUUCUGUCAACUGGAGAACUCCACAAUUGACAAUUCUGAUCCUGGGCUCCCAGUACUGUUUCUGAUUAGGUGGGCAAGGACCAAAUUGGGCAUGUCAUACAUAGGUCAUGAAAAAAAAGUUCCCUAUCAGGUCGGGCAGCUUUACUCUGUUGCAGAAGCUAGUAAGAAUGAAACUGGUGGUGGAGAAGGAAUUGAAGUCUUAAAGAAUGAACCUUAUGAGAAAGAUGGAGAAAAAGGACAGUAUACACACAAAAUUUAUCACCUAAAAAGUAAAGUUCCAGCAUUUGUGAGGAUGAUUGCUCCUGAGGGCUCCUUGGUGUUUCACGAAAAAGCCUGGAACGCGUACCCCUACUGUAGAACAGUUGUAACGAAUGAAUAUAUGAAAGAUGAUUUCUUCAUUAAAAUUGAAACGUGGCACAAACCAGACUUGGGAACAUUAGAAAACGUACAUGGUUUAGAUCCUAACAUGUGGAAAACUGUUGAAAUUGUCCACAUAGAUAUUGCAGAUCGAAGUCAAGUUGAACCUGCAGACUACAAAGCUGAUGAAGACCCAGCAUUAUUCCAGUCAGUCAAGACCAAGAGAGGCCCUUUGGGACCCAACUGGAAGAAGGAGCUGGCAAACAACCCAGACGGUCCUCAGAUGUGUGCUUAUAAGCUGGUGACCAUCAAAUUCAAGUGGUGGGGACUGCAGAGCAAAGUAGAAAACUUCAUUCAGAAGCAAGAAAAAAGGAUAUUUACAAACUUUCAUCGCCAGCUUUUUUGUUGGAUUGACAAGUGGAUUGAUCUGACAAUGGAAGACAUUAGGAGAAUGGAAGAUGAAACUCAGAAAGAACUAGAAACAUUACGUAACCAAGGUCAAGUGAGGGGAACAAGCGCAGCCAGUGAUGAGUGAAGAAUCUGACCAGUAUCUUGCAGUGUUGACAUUUCCCAGAUGUGUGCUUGUGAUUAUGUACACACAUGCACAGGUUCUCAACCACAUGAGUAAUAUGUAUGUGUGUGUAUAUCCGUAGCUGUAUAUAAAAUGCAUGUAGAGCUACAGAUUUAAGAUGCACACACUUGUGUAUAUAUAUGUACAUACAAACAUACUGAAGGGAUUAGUACAAUUUCUCCAAAGUACUGUACCUAUCUUCAGCAAGAAUGCGAAAGAAAAUAUUUUCAAUAUAUAUACCUGGAACAGAUUUUAGUAAUUAUCACAGUAAUACCAUUAAUGGACAAAAUGACUGCAAUGUAAUACUAGCUGGUAUGUUUCAUAAAUGUCAAGUUGUGGACCAAUAUAUAUAUAUAGCCUUUUAUUAUUUCUCUGUUCUUUUGAAUCAGUCUCUUAUAAAUUGCUAUUUUAGGCCCGUCAGCAAAUGGACCCCCACAGAAAAAUAUAUUCUAAAUUUUUUGGUAACCCGGUGAAUCUGGAAUGUAAACUCUAAAUGUAUUUAUAACUAUUUAUUUCUGGAUGGUCGUUAUCUUAGAGCCAAAUUUGACGGUAUCUAAUAGGAAGGAGUAAAUUUACAUGCCAGUUUUUACUUGUUUGCCCUAAAGGAAAAAUCCUUUAAAAAAAAAAAGAACUCCAGUUUUUAUUGGAUUUUUAUAUUUUAAAUUUCAAGUAUUUU